CAAGGCUGUCUUUUUUUUCACCGUCAGAUCAGAUGAGUGAUUUGAAUGAAUUAAAUAUUUUUUGGCUAAAAAAUAAUAGUAAUCAAAUUAUUCCGAGAAAACUAUAUACUCUAACUCCACAGUCCACACAAAUCAGAAUUUCGUCAUAAAUCAACUACGGAAUUUGGAGGUGAAGAGUGCUUGUAUGAUUCACACAUUUGCUCCACCGUCAUCCCCGCCGCUUCCUCCACCGUCGCUCGAUCCCUCCACCCGCUCCUCAGCGCUUGAUUCAGCCGCCGGAUGAAUCCCUUGCUAUGCCGCUCGCUGUGCUCCAUAAUUCCCGCGAGCAUCCUAGCAUCCGUCGUUUCCCCCCAGCACACCCGCCGCCGGCCGCCACCGUUCUCCGCCGGCAACUCCUCCCAGCUACCACCGACGCCGAAACCUGCCAUUCUGCUCACGCACUCCAUGGCAGCUUCGAUCACCCACGACGGAGCUCUGGACUCCUCCCCGCCGUCCCACAACCAGACUCUUGCCAUGCCUCGCAAGACGGCGGAAGCAAUUGCAGAGUCUCUGCUCCCGGCAGUCAGACCUUGGAUCAGGGACGGACUCAAUCGGAUGACAAAUUUGCCUCCGUGGUUCGUGACGGUUUCAUCAGCGGUUAGGUUGCUGGUGGAGGCAAGACGGAGGGCGACCCUGUGAACUGGCUUCUUCUGAUUUGGAUGGUCUUCUGGGGCGUAGACCAAGUGCUCGACGAAAGUACUGGCGUUGAGGAGAAUUCUGGUGGCUCGGUCAUUUGAGAUGUAGAAGAGGUCGAAUCGCUUGCCAGCCGGAGAGUCUCUGGCAUCGUUAAAGAUUUGGACUUGGAAGCCUUUAGAUGCUUCGUGGUUGGCCCAUAGAGAGAUCAGCCCGACGGAGAGGAUUAAUGCCAGGCGGAGGAAGACAUCAGAAUUGGUGGAGAAGAAAUUUCUGUUGUCAAAACGGGCGGUGGAGACGACGGUGGGCGUGGGCAGAAGCGGACGGUGGAGGUGGGAAGUGGAAUGUUGGUCCGCCAUUGAUGAUGGUAUAAUAGAAACAAGGGACAAGCUUUUGGAAGGGAAUUAUUGGUUUCUCAGGAACAGAAAACUGGCAAUGAAGUAGAUAAUUCAUAAGUGGUUGUCAUAUGGUUGAGCUGUGGGUCUCAUCAUGCCACAAUGGCUCUGUUCAUGAGGAAGUCCGAGGAAGUUGCUUUGCAGAAACAGAUAACAUGGGCAUGGAGUAUAUCAAGCCGAGAUUAGACCAGGUGAAAGUUGUUGCUGUCACUUGUCUGGGAAUUACUAGUUCCUUGCUCACUGGCAAGAAGUUUGAUGUUUGCAUCAUGGAUGAAGCUGGGCAGAUCACUCUCAUGGCCUUGAAUCCAGACAGAGCUGUGGUGUUCAUCAACACAGACAUGCAUGCUGCAUAGUUGUUUCUUUCGUGCGGUCCGGUCAAUAUCCUGGCAGUCACAGUUCUUCACUGCUUGGAGACUGGCAUCGGAUCAAUGUAGCAAUCACAAGAGCCAAGGUAGCAAAUAACAGAAACAUAUGUCUGUGCAUACAGGAUUCAGGUCAAUUACACAAAUGGUUUUUGCAUUGUGCAGAAGGAGUUGAUCAUGGUGGGUUCGUGCAGAACACUGUUAAAGGUGCCAUUGCUGAAGCUUCUGGUGGAGAAUGUCGAAGAGCAAGCCGGCAUUUUUGAAUAUGAGCAACAAUAAUAUAAAACUGCAAGAACUGGAAAAGCUGGGAUAAGGCUGCAGUAGCUAAAGGGCUGUAGUUUAGAUGAUUGGAUCGAUUGUGUAAAUAGUAAUUCUGGUGCUAAACUUUAUGUAAUUUUGUUAUAGCAAAUAUGACACGGAAGGUUUUUGUAGUAAGCAUCUAAUAAAAUCUAAUGCCUAUGGCUAACCAA